AGUUUAGUGGAAGAAACCUGUGGCUGCUGCGCGCAGGAGAAACACCGAGCAGCUUCAACCCAAACAACUUGAAAAAUCCCGGCGGGCGUUUAUCUUCUGAGAAAUCACUGGCAAUAGCUUCUCACGGGAAAAAAUAGCCCUCUCUCUCGUUUUUGGUUUAGUUCGUCCCCUUCCUGCACUAUUCCUGUGCUGAGCUACAAAAGACGUUGGGUCGACCUCUUUGUUAGGACUUCAUGUCUGUAUUUUUCCCCAUUCAUUGCCCUGAUUAUUUGAGAUCAGCUGACAUGACUGAAGUGAUGAGUGCUCCAACUAUGGAUGAGAUUGGUUUAAGCCCCCGCAAGGAUGGCCUAUCCUAUCAGAUUUUCCCUGACCCUUCAGAUUUUGAUCGUUACUGUAAGCUGAAGGACCGUCUCCCUUCCAUUGUGGUGGAGCCAACAGAAGGAGAUGUAGAGAGUGGAGAAUUAAGAUGGCCACCUGAGGAGUUCCUGGUGCAGGAAGAAGAGGAACAGAACUGUGAUGAAGCAAAGAAAGAGGGCAAGGAGAAGUAAACAGCACCGAAGAUCUUCUGCUCUACUCAAGAUGUUAGGUCAUCUUGAGGGAGGGAGAACAGCUCUCUGAAGGGUCUUUUCUACAAAAGACAUUCAAUUUUGCACCUGCAAGAUCUUAGUUUUUUUCAUAUUCUCUAUUGAGAACUGAAGCGCUUGACAUGACAAUCUCCAGCUAAAACUAAGAAAGUUUGGGCAGGCAAAACAAGCCAAAAAUGAUUGCCCUUCUCAAGAUCAUUGUUGAAUUCUGUGGUGGUUGCCUGGGGCAGCCAGGAAAUUAGAGGGCGCUUUGGUGGAGGAAUAGGCCAGCAGGAAGCAUGCUUCUUCUGAAGUGUGUGGCAUUAGAUGAAAUAACUGCAAGUAUAAAUGCAGCUGAAUUCUGUAAGGGACUGCCUUUGGCUACAAAUGCAUGAGCAUAGUGUUCAUCUCUCAAAACCUUGCCUUCUCAUAGUGUUCCUUCUGGUUUUACAUGUGCAUGUGUUUAGAGGCUGGAAGACAAGCCACUGAAAUGUUCCUAUGAUGUUACCAAGUUAGGCAGCCUUCCUGCUGAUCAGCGUAGAGGAGCAAUGGAUCAAUAACUAGGGUGGCCUUCUGCAGCCUAGUGUCCUCUUAAAGUCGCACCAUCUUUGUCAGACUGCAGCGUCUGGCAUUGGCUUGCUCACCUGCUGCACAUAAACUAUAUUUUUCUGUAUUUUCCUUUCCUGGCACCUCUUUAAGCAUGCAUUUUAACCUCGCAGUGAAUAGCUUUGUAUGGCCAUUGUGCUGUUGACUGUAGAAAUGGCCUUUACUACGUGUUCUGCAGUUACUUUGUUUAGGCUCUAAAAGGUCAUGUUCUGUUUUGUUUGGGAGGCGGAAUGAGAAGAAAUGCUUCUUCAGAAAAACUCCAGGAGAUUUUGACAUGAAAAAUAAAUAUAUUUUCUUUCCUGCUGCUGAAGCUGCUGCUAACUUUCCCUGUCAGUAAUGCAUCUGGCUGCUGUGAAAUGCAGCUUCUUCAGCAGCAUUGAUUUAUGAUUGAGUCAUGUGUUAAUGUUCAUUCAAGGGAUCAUGAUUAUAAUACAGGAGCCAACCAAGGCUGUUAAAUAGGAAGAAACUUAACAGAGUUGGUACCCCCACUGAAAGCAUGGUGGCAUAAGUAAUUGUUGAAGGAAAGCAGGGCUUCUCUUCAAAAACAAAAAGGUAUUAGAGUCUCAGUAUUGUGGAGAAGAUAACACGCUUUUUUGAACCUACAGGAUUUUUCAAUUGGCUUACCUCGUUCACAGAUUUUGAAUUCCCCAUUGUAAUCUUCAUUCCUCAUGUCUCAUGUAUCUCUCUUCAGAGAAGGCAAACUAAUAGUCAGAUAAGCUAAAUUGGCAGCCUCAUAAGAGAACAGUAUCUGACUUCUUGGCAGGAAGUUCUACAGAGUUGAAAUUUCAAGUACCACUUUCAGAAAUCAAAAGCCAGUGAUUCCAUAUUAAUUUUGGAGAAACGAAAGCUAUGUAAUAUAUAAACAUUAUGGCCUUAACAGGAUAGUCAAAAUAAUCCUUAGUUUCCCAUGACCUUUUCUCUUUCUUUCCAAAUUUGUUGGAACCCUGUAUAUGUGUUAUAUAUGAAAGACACACACACACACUUACACUUAUAUUUGAUACCUCAUGAGUAGUAAAAUUGCUGGUAAGGGGUUAGAGUAUUUGCUUGUUGAAAUCAGCAGGGUUACUUUUUUCAGUCUUGUCUCGCAUGUGUUUUCCUCAUAAUGGCAAUAACUUAACAGCUGUGAAUCAUUGUUACAUGUGGGUGUGAGGUUGUAGGGAUGUAGUUGGGUGUUCUUGUGUGUGUGUUUUGCAUCCAAGAACCUGUCACGCAUGUACUACCUGUCUUGGUGGAUGUUUGGGCAUCACUGAAAUUUGUCUCGCAUCCUUGCCUUAUCAAGGUUGCUUUAAAAUGGAUGGAUCCAGAUGUUUUUUGUAUCCUGGAAUCUGUUCUUGUCUUGCUGUUCGGUAGAAUCAGCUUUUACACCUGCACCCAACCUGAAUUGCCCUGUUUUUUUCCCUCCAAAGUUACUUUUUCUUUCUUCAUUUUUGUCCCAGUUUGAAGUUGUCAAAUGUUAACCACUCAGAAAAGCAAAAAUCCUUAAUGCUUAAGGACAGAGUGGGAAUGCUGUUUGUCUUUAAAUAUUUGCAUACCAUUUCUGCUUCUUUUUUAAAGCAUACAAUUGUUGCUUGUAUUUCUGUCACUUUUGAAUGUGUCUGAGGAACAAAGCACUCCAGUGGAACUUUUCCUGUUAUAUAUUACAUUCUAUAUUUCUGUAAAAUUCUUUUUUGAGCCUCAGGGAAAAAGCUAGCAUUUUUUUCAAACUACUUUUGUCACUGUGACAGUUGUAAAUAAAGUUUGAAAAUGCUUUCCAAA